CAAGCAUUAAUGCCCCGAAGACGUAAACACGGUCUCGGCUUUCGAUAGGCUUGACGAGAGGGUAGUGGGACGUCCAAGGAGUGUGCAUCGGCGACUAUGGUCAGGCAUGCAAGGGUAUCGACAGGAGGGCAACGUCGAAGGCCCGCUGCUCUAUGCAUAUUCAAACGCGGCAUUCAUUAUCGAAGAUCGUUGCCGCAAGAUGCGCUCCGCACCAGAGUACUGACAAUCACAGAGGAAGAAUGCUCUCGGCAUAAGCCUUGCCGAUCUCCAAAGAUCCGUAGCGUUGGAAUGAUGUUUGCCCACAAGCUUUGGUGGUGUUGAGCUUAUUCGCCAGGUACCCGGCGCACCAUUCACAGCAUUCGCUGUGCU